AUGCAAAAUCAUCAUCAUCCAAAGCCUUCACUUCAACAUUUACAACAAGAACACCAUGAGCCUUCAUCUUUAUACAACUCGUGUUCUUCCUUAAAGAAUGAGGAGAAAGAACAGUGUAAAUGUAAUGGAAAGGAUCAUCUUCAUACACAAUGCUCAGAAACACCUCAUCCACAAGAGGCUGCUAGUACAAUUACAACCUGUCACCAAAAUUGUAAGAAUGGCCACAGUUGUCAUCAACAUUCCCAUUCCGAACAUCAUCAAAACUCCUUAUUUAUUAUUUCAUCCUCCUCAUCAAAGCCUUCCUCUCAUCCUUUUUCGUCAUCAUCCACCUGUUCCAUUUCAUGCCAAUGUUCCAAUUGUAAAGGGUCAUCAUCAUCCAUUUCCUCAUCCAUUGUUGUUGUACAACAGCCACAGCACGAGAAUCAUCAUGUACAUGAUCAACAAUGUGGCUGCAAUCAAUGUGAAUCAACAACAACAAGCAAUUCCAAAACAAAGAAUGACCAACUCACUCCUAAUAAUCUUAUUAAUUUAUUGACCUCUGUCAACAACACAACCUCUUCAUGUAGCUGUUCUGACCACCAUUGUGCUUCAACAGAAACCUCUUGUAUGUCAGAAAAAUUACAGACUCCUCGAGUUUCAAGCAAUACCUUAGAUUCAAGCACUGCCAAUUAUUUUAAAAUUGUUUUUGGAAAGAGCCUUAAAAAAGCUCUAAGCGUUGAAUCAAGUCAUGUUAAUAACAAUAGUAAUGUGACAAAAAGUUGUGGUUCAUGUGGUUGCUCAUCUUCCAAAGGCACUGCUGUUGAAGGUUCAGAUGAAAUGGUUUGCACAUGUGACCCUGACCAACCAUGUCCCGUACGAGAUGCUAUCGCUCUGAAACGAGAGAAGAGCAGUUGUGGUGGAGAUUGUGGUGGUUGCAAUUACUCUUUAGGUCAAAGUGCCAGAGCCGCAGCUGUGGUUGCAAUAGUCUCGAAUUUACCGAGUAGAUCUGCUCAAGGAAAGUGUGAAAGUAGUGUAAAAAUUCAAAAACAAUCAAUCAUGCAAAGCAAACUCAAGAAACAUCUGACCAGAUUGCGAGCGACCACUUCUGACGCCAUGCCUCCCCAAUGUCUGUAA